AUGGAGAUAUGCUUUGAGAUUCUGAUUCAAAAGAAGCGAGUUACGCAGAGGGAACUCUUUUACAAGUUGCUUUGUGAUUCACCAGAUUACUUCUCAUCUCAAUUGCAGGAAAUAGGAAUCAUGGCAUCUAGCAGAGGACUUGUUGCUGGGCCUUUCUUGCUGCAGGCACUUCAAUUUCAUCAAUCUUGUUUGGGAAAAGAAUUCAUCAAAUUUCAUAGGCCACUUGCUUCUUUUGAACCAAACCAAGAGGCUGUGGAUUUUUCUGCUUGUGAGUCUUCUGUUUUUGAGUUCUUAAAUCAUUCAUGCUUAUAUAAAACAUUUUAUUCAGAUUUUCUAAUGAUGUUUGUAAGUUCUAAUAAGUCUUACCUCAGCUCCCCAUGCGACGACAUUCGACAUGAUUCUGUUUUGAAGCAUGCAAUAUUUCAGCGAUUGGUAGAGGAUCGUGCAUUUAACCAGGAUCCAAGCAUUCUUCUCACAGCAAAAGGUUAUCCAGAUAUACCCACAAGAUUUCUUCUUCACCAAAUGAGUCGGGCUUUUCCUGAUUUGCCAAUUUUAGCACUAGUUGACUGGUAUGGAUCUCCUGUAUCCAGCCGGAUUAGCUAUAUUGUCUACCUACAAGUUUCGAAGCUUAGGGAAGGGCCUAGAGCUUGCAACGUUACGUGGUUGGGACUGCGAGGCGAUGAUCUACAACUGAUACCUGACCAAUCUUUAGCUCCGGUAAAGCCACGGGACCUUCAAAUCGCUAAAAGCUUGAUUUCCUCAGAAAUCAUGCAGGAGAAUAACAGGGAAGAGUUGGCACUAAUGAUGCAGAAUGGUCAGAUAGUAGACUUCGAAGCUCUAUAUUUUCACGGAUACGACUACUUGGUGAUUAUUUCCAGCAUGCCUGUUGUCGUCCAUGCAACUCUCAUAACUCUUAACAAAUGA